CCAAAACUCCAAAACUCACACUAGCGCAUAAAAAUCUGCAUAUUUCAAAAAAUGCAAGCACCAAAUUAAUAGAAUGAAGCUUGAAUACUUGGUAUACUUGUCCCUCUUCAUCUUGCUGCUACUCAAACUCAGAAAAUCAUCGAAACAAAACAAGAAUAUUCUCUUCCCCCUCCCUCCAGGGCCAUGGAAGCUUCCAUUGAUAGGAGACAUGCACCUUCUCUUUGGCUCUCUCCCACACAUUGCUCUCAGAGAUCUCUCCACCAAAUACGGACCACUCAUGUAUCUCAGACUAGGCCAAGUCCCCACCAUCAUCGUCUCCUCCUCCGACGCCGCCAAGCAAGUCAUGAAAACGCACGACCUCACCUUCGCCUCCCGCCCCCAGCUGCUGGCCCUCAAGAUCAUGUCGUACGACUGCACGGACGUGGCGUUCGCCCCAUACGGCAACUACUGGAGGCAGCUCCGCAAGAUCUGCACGCUCGAGCUCCUGAGCGCCAAGCGCGUCCAGUCGUUCCAGUCGCUGAGGCAGGAAGAGAUUCUGAUUCUCACCCGAUCCAUAGCUUCACGCGCUGGAUCACCGGUUAACCUGACGGCCGAAACUUACGCCUCCGCCUACGGCUUCACUUCGAGGGCGGCGUUUGGCAUGAAGAACACCAAGGGGCAAGAAGCGUUUGUUUCGUUAGUUCAACAAGGCAUCGAAAUGGCGUCUGGUUUUGAUCUUGCUGAUGUGUAUCCCACUGUUAGAUUGCUUCAAGCGAUGAGCCCAACCAGGUGGAGAUUGACGAAGCUGCAUCGCCAUGUGGACAAGAUUCUUGAAAACAUCAUUAAUCAGCACAAAUUAGACAAAACUGCAGAAACUGUCAACUCUAGCACAAGACAAGACGACCUAGUUGAUGUUCUGCUGAGGUUUCAAGAGAGUGGACAUGAACUUCCCCUUACCACUGACAACAUCAAGGCUGUUAUCCUCGAUGUUUUCAGCGCAGGAAGUGAGACGUCAGCAGCAACGGUGGCUUGGGCAAUGACGGAGAUGAUGAGACACACACGAGUCCUGAAACGCGUGCAGGGCGAAGUGAGACGUGUUUUCAAGGACAAGGGAUGUGUGGACGAAGCUCGCUUCGACCAACUCAAGUAUCUCAAGUGUGUGAUAAAGGAGACACUAAGGCUACAUCCGCCACUGCCCCUGUUACUCCCCAGAGAGUGCAGCCAGGUCUGCAGCAUCAACGGAUACCAAAUCCCCUUAAAAGCUAGAAUCAUGGUGAACGCGUGGGCAAUCGGGAGGGAUCCCAAGCAGUGGGACGAUGCUGAAAGCUUCGUCCCAGAGAGGUUCCUUGAUGCUUUAAUCGACUUCAAAGGCAACAACUUCGAGUUCAUUCCAUUUGGCGCGGGUAGAAGGAUAUGCCCUGGGAUUACAUUUGGUCUCGCCAAUGUGGAGCUUCAAUUGGCAACGUUUCUCUAUCAUUUCGACUGGAGUCUGCCCGAUGGCAUCGAACCACAUCAACUAGCCAUGACAGAGACAUUUGGGGCAACAGUUAGAAGAAAAGAUGACUUGCUAGCCGUUCCUACUAUCAAGAUACCCCUCCCAUUCCUCUAGGGGCGGAUAUCCCAACACCCGUGAUCAUUUCAUCAUUUAAGCUAGUUUUGCUUGAUUCAUUAUGUAAGCUAGUUUUACUUGAUUCAUAUGUCAUUGAAAGGGUGAGAUUGGAGAAACCAUACUCUUAUAUCAUGCAAACUAAACGCCCCUAAAUCUAUUUCACGUUUCACAAAAACUUCAACAAUCCAAAUCCAAAACAGAGCAUAUUUGGAAUCUUUCCCAUUGAUCACAACAAAAGUUACAGGACAACAAAAGCAGUCAAUAAACUUGAAGAAUUGCAUCUAUGCAAAUAGGAAAACUUAGGCUCUCUCUUAUAAGCAUACACAAACACUAAGUAUACAUACAUACACAGAGACGUAAUAAUCUAAAUAACAUAAUCCGACCAGUCAGAAAUGUGUGACGUCUGAUCCAUGGUGAAGCUGGGCAUCUUAUCCAACUUAAUCGGAUUCUCCUUCCCCCCAAUCAACCUGGCCGGAUUCCCAACGGCAGUGGUCCUGGCCGGAACCUGCUUGAGCACGACGGAGCCGGCGCCAAUCUUGGCCCCUUCCUCAAUCCUCACAUUGCCAAGAACACAAGUCCCUGCACCAAUCAGCACCCCAUCACCGAUCUUCGGGUGCCGGUCGCCAGAGACCUUCCCGGUCCCACCCAACGUCACGUUAUGCAGAAUCGACACAUUAUCUCCGAUCACUGCGGUUUCGCCGAUCACUACGCCGGUGGCGUGAUCCAGCAAGAUCCCCCGCCCGAUUUUGGCCCCCGGGUGGAUAUCCACCGCGAAGACCUCCGAGACUCUGUUCUGAAUCAAGAGGGCCAAGAUUUUGCGACCGUUGCGCCAUAGAUUGUGGCCUAUUCUGUGAGCUUGGCAGGCCAAGAAUCCCUUGAAAUUCAAGAAGCAAUGGACGUAGCCGAUGCAAGCAGGGUCCCUCUCCUUGACCGCGAGCAGGUCGUCGCACACUGCGCGCAUGAUUUCUUGAUCAUCUCUCAAAACCCCCAUGAAGAGGUCGUAGAGGGUGCCGACGGGGAGGCUGGAAUCGCUCAAUUUCAUGGAGAUGUGAUUGGCCAGACCGCUCUCCAUGGAAUCAUGCGACAGAAUCGAACUGGAGUAGUAGUUGGACAAGAUGGGUUCUUGAUCCACGACCGCCCCCGCCUCCUCCUUCAUCCGCACCCACAAAUCCGCCGCCUGCUUUGCUGAAUUGAUGGGGACGACAUCGGGUAAAUUGGGUCGGCAGAAUUUGACGUAAUUCUCGAAGACGACGUCGUCGUCAAAUUUGUGGGAUGGGGUUUCGGUUCUUGAAGAGUGGACGCAGGUUGCUGCCACGGAGGUCUUAAUGAAAUAUGGCUGCUUUAGAAGAAACGGUGGUGCUGCGAAAUUUGUGGACAUGGUAUAUACAGGGAAAUUUGUGGAUAGGGACAGAGUCAUUUAAC